AUGGCGGUACUACAAGUGCUGUCCGACCAUGGCUUUACUUUCGGGGCUGUCUUCCUCGUCAUCUACGUGAUUUUCAAGAUAAAAGCCGCCUUCUUCGGGCCACUUUCAAAAAUUCCUGGUCCCUUCAUAGGACGAUGGACACCUAUAGUACUAAAGUACUACACCUUAUCGGGACGCCGCAUUCAAUAUAUCGACUCUCUCUUCACUAAAUAUGGCCCUGUAGUUCGUGUAAGUCCUACUACAGUCGGCAUCAAUCACCCCGAUUCAGUCAAGGUCAUUCAAAAGGUAGCAGGCGGUUUCAGCAAGUCUUCAUGGUACGACAAAACCGGCCCUGGAAUGCUUGGAAUGAGAGAUCGUGAGAAGCACUCCCGUCGUCGUAGACUGCUUGCGCACCCCUUGAGCAACUCUUCUCUACCGGCUUUUGAACAACUCAUCUGGGCCAAGGUAGAUCUAGCCAUGGAUCAGAUGGAGAAGGAAUACAGAAAUCUGGGAUACACCGACAUUCACAAAUGGUCGAGCUUGAUGGCAACUGACAUAAUUGGUGACUUGACCUUUGGAAGCUCGUUCCGGAUGUUGGAACAAGGCAAGAGAAACCAGUACGUUGAAGAUCUGCAGGCUGUUAUGCCUACGGUUCAUAAAAGAAUUGAGCUGGCGCCUUUCUUCGACCUCAUGUUUUUGCUUCCACUGCCACAGGUCAAAAAGUUCUCGGAGAGGUUUCAGAGAAUCAUUACAUAUGGGGCAGAGUCGAUCCAUCGACUGCAACUAGACCAAAAUUCAGGCUCGUUAACCACGCCCUUCUUUUUCGAAAAGAUAAUGAAUCCAAAGGACAAGGAAAACGCUUUGAGUGAUCUUGAAAUGCAGCAGGAGGCUGCUGAGCUUAUGAUCACCGGGACAGACACGACCUCAAAUACUCUAACCUAUCUAUUCUGGUCAGUGCUCAAGAACCCCGAUAUCAGGACAAAGCUUGAAGAAGAGGUUUCAACACUACCUGCGGACUUCAAAGAUGCCAAUCUUGUUAAGUUGCCAUAUUUGAAUGCUGUUGUACGAGAGUCUCUAAGGAUGUAUGGUGCUGCUUCCGGAUCCCAUGAAAGAGACGUUCCAAGCGGCGGAUGGGAGACCUGUGGCCACUUCAUUCCGAACACUGCAACCGUUUUCACACAGGCUUUCUCACUACACCGUCUUCCUGACGUGUUUAAAAGUCCUUACAGAUUUAACCCGGAUCGUUGGCUGAACCCUACUCCAGAGAUGGAGGAAGCUUACAUUCCUUUUGGAGGCGGGCCCCGAAUUUGCAUUGGUAUCCAUCUCGCUUAUAUGGAGCUUCGCGUCACCACGGCGGCAUUCUUCCGCAAGUUUCGCGGCGCUAGUGUUCAUCCGUCUCUGACCGAGGAUGAUAUGGAAUUGGAAAAUUACACUUUGAUCGCCCCAAAGUCCCAUAAAUGCUUAAUCAGCCUUUAG